GGCCCGAAUCGGCGGCAGAUCCUUUCAUCAGGGGAACCAGCCGGCUACGCCCAAAACCCUUCCCCAUCUUCUCCUUCCCCCUACCAGCAGGCCGCCGCCGCCAGACGUCGCGGCGAGCUCUCUCUCCGCAGCCGAGCUAGGCUGCUGCUUGGUGUGUACCGGCGGAGGUUUGAGGCGGCGCCAUGAGGUUGGAGAAGUGCUGGUUCUGCUCCUCGACAGUCUACCCGGGCCACGGCAUCCAGUUCGUCCGCAACGACGCCAAGGUCUUCCGCUUUUGCCGAUCAAAAUGCCACAAGAAUUUCAAGAUGAAGAGGAAUCCUCGCAAGGUUAAAUGGACGAAAGCAUACAGGCGCUUGCGUGGCAAGGACAUGACACAGGAUUCCACGUUUGAGUUCGAGCGGAAGAGGAACAGGCCAGAACGCUACGACCGCAACGUCACCGAACAGACUCUCAAGGCUAUCCCACUUAUUACAAAGAUUAGACAUGAACGGCAGAAGACGCAUAUUUCAGAUAGGCAGAAACAGGGUAAGAGCAAGCAAAGGGAGAAGGAUGCUAAGGAGGUGGAGCAGGAUUUUCAUAUGCUUCCCAAGAUGCUUCAAGAAACAAAGGUCAAGGUCAGAGUUACCCAGCAGCAGACCGAAGACAAUGUUAUGGAGGAGUAAGGCAGAACCAUUUUGUCUGUGCGUUCAUGUGGUCUUUUCCGUGCAGCACUUUGUGUUUCAUCAGACUGUUAACUUACCAUGUAGACGAUGGUAAAAUGUGCUUUCAGACAGAAUGCAAGCAAAGUUUUGCAUGCUAUAUAAUCAUGUAGACGAUGGUCAAAGUUGUUUUCUUAUUGUUGCGAUCGUGAAAUUAACUUAGUCCCUACUGAUGUGUGAACAUUUUCGUUUGGUACUUUGAUGCAA